UCUGUAUAUCCAGGAAAAACAAUAUUCGCAAUGACUCCGGAGGAGAAAGCGGUUUCCAAUUUUAAUGACACAUUUGUUCGCCCGGCCAGAUUCUAUCUCAGUGGAUUUUCCAACGCCCCUCACAUAAAGUAUUACUAUGUCUUCCUCUGUUUCUCCUAUAUCAUAACUGUUCUUGGAAAUGGCUUCCUUCUGUCAAUCAUUUACCUUGUCAGGACUCUUCAUACUCCCAAAUACAUGAUUGUCUUCAACCUGGCUUUUACAGAUUUGUGUGGGAGCACGGCUCUCAUCCCAAAGCUUCUAGACACACUGGUGUUUGACAGGAGAUACAUUGCCUAUGAGGCUUGUUUGAGUCAAAUGUUCUUUGUCCUUUUCUUUGUAAGUAUUCAGUCAUGGACACUUGUCACAAUGGCAUACGACCGAUUCAUAGCCAUCUGCUUUCCUUUAAGAUACCACAGUAUUGUGACUAAACCAGUUAUUACUGCAAUGCUGCUGUUUUUGUGGGCUUUCUUUUUUAUUCUACUCUUAUUUAUUGUCAGGUCUAUUGAUCGCCUCUCCUUUUGUAGAUCUUCGGUGGUAAACGGCAUUUACUGUGAUCAUGCACCAGUAUUUCUUCUGGCCUGUAAUGACAUUUCUUUUAAUCACAUAAUGGCGUACGUUGCUUUUGUUCUAGUCCUCUGUAUUCCUUUAAUUAUAAUCGCACUCACAUAUGUUUGCAUUUCCGUAGCACUGUGCAGGAUUGUAACGAGAGAAGAAAGACUCAAAGCGUCCGGAACUUGUACUUCUCAUCUGAUUCUUGUGGCAAUUUUCUUCCUACCAAUUAUGGGCACCAAUGUAGCAUCGGUGACCUCCUACAUCCAUCCUAAUGCCAGAAUUAUAAACUCAUCUUUGACACACAUCAUACCAGCUCUGCUCAAUCCUAUUAUAUACUCUUUCAAAACAGAAGAAGUGAUGAUCUCUAUCAAGAAGAUUUGUAAAAGAAGUAGGAUUAACAACAUGACAAAAUGGUGA